CAUCUGAUUCUGUAGUCGAAAAAGGUGACUGCAGUAACUACGCUGAGUCACGGAUAACUUAAUCUAAUAUUUUUCUUUAUCAGUAUUUGCUAUCAUGAAGUUUAAAAUUUCAUAGUAUUUUGGAAUAUUAAUUUACUUUUUAAAUACAAAUAGUACUAUAAAUUUACAUAAAUUAAUUACGUAAGUUGUUUCUUUAACGUCAGAUAUUUUACCGUAACCGCAUCGCACAAAUUGUACAUAUAUAUUAGCGUAAUUUUGCCGAAAUAACGAUAUAUCAUAAUAUAUAAGGUGAUUGAUUUUUACUAAUCUACAAUUAAAAUAGAAACAGGGUACAAAAAAUAUCAUAUAAAUAAAAACAUGAACACAAAAUUUAUAUUUAUCGAAUCGAUGGAUAUUUUAAGCACGAUACCUCAGUAUCAUACACUGAUAGGAGCAUUCUUGAUCUUUUGGUUUAUUUGGUUUACUGUUAAGAGGUGGUACAACAAACAUGAUAGAGUACCAACAGAGGAAGAAGUGGAGAAGAAACUUGCAGAGUGGAACCCUGAACCACUUAUAACCAAUCCUCAAACAUCUCAUCCAUCUUUAAACCCAAGAUGUAUAACGUCUAAAGCUGGUAAAAGAAUAGUUAUCAAUGGAAAAGAUUGUUUAAAUCUAGGUACACAUAAUUACCUAGGUUUAGUAGAAAACAACGAAAUAGAAAAGGCAUCAAUAGCAACAGUAAGAAAAUAUGGAGUAGGAUCAUGUGGUCCACGUGGAUUCUAUGGUACCGUUGAUGUGCAUCUGGAAUUAGAAGAACGUCUAGCAGAAUAUACGGAUACAGAAGAAGCUGUAGUAUAUUCAUAUGGAUUUAGUACAAUAGCAUCUGCAGUAGCUGCAUAUUGUAAGCGUAAAGAUCUUGUAUUUGUGGAUGAAAAAGUAAGUUUUGCCAAUCAAAAAGGAUUAGAUGCGUGUAGAAGUAAUGUAAAAUAUUUUAAACAUAAUGAUGUAAAUGAUCUCCAUGAUUUACUGAAAAAACAAGCGAAACUUGAUGAACAAAAUCCUAAAAAAGCAAGUAAAAUAAAACGAUUUUUAAUAGUUGAAGGUAUUUAUAUGAAUACUGGACAAAUUUGCCCAUUACCAGAUUUACUUGCACUUUGCAAGAAAUAUAAAUUAAGAUUAUUUAUUGAUGAAUCGAUAUCGUUUGGUACUAUUGGUGCACAUGGAAAGGGUGUCACAGAAUAUUUUAAUAUUCCCAUACAUGAAAUUGAUAUGAUUAUGGGGUCCUUAGAGUUGGCAUUGGGAUCUAUUGGUGGAUUUUGUGUAGGUACAUCCUUUGUUAUUGAACACCAACGCUUGUCUGGACUCGGAUAUUGUUUUUCCGCGUCCCUUCCACCUCUUUUGACAUCUGCUGCUAUUACUUCUCUAGAUAUUAUGAAAAAUAACCCACAACUAUUUGAGUCAUUAAAAGAGAAUUGUAUAGCUGUAAAUAAUGGACUUCAAAACAUUCAGAGUUUGGAGUGCUCAAGCUUUUCGGGGUCUCCAGUGAAACAUGUGUAUUUGAAAGAAAAAAUGGAUCGUGAGAUAGAAGAAAAGUUACUCUCUAAAAUCUCCGAAAAAUGUAUAGAAAAUAAUUUAGCUGUUAUAAUGCCUGCAUAUUUAGAGGUAGAAAGGGAAUUACCCAGACCUAGCCUCAGGCUUUGUAUUUCUACACUCUUAAAUAAAGAUGAUAUCAAUUUUGCACUGAAGGUAUUACAACAAUGUGCUGAAGAAGUUCUAUCAUUGUAAAUGAAAAGACAAUCAAAGUAUUUUUGAAAAUGAAACGUAUUUUAAAAUUUAUACACAUAUUCUGCAUGCACAUACUAUUUAUGAGUACUUAUGUACAAACACGCAUUUAUUGCACAAAUGUGUAAGGCCUCCCACCAAUUGUACAAGCGAAACAUAUUCCUAUUUUACAAAUAUUUUAUUUUUUAUUUCAUAUCAUAUCAUUUACACACAGUUAUCUAUUUUGCAUAUUAUAUUUUAAUUCAAUAAUAUUUCUCUACCAAUGAUUUGUUUAUAUGUAAUGUAUAACUUUAAAGGAACAAAUAAAUACAAAGUA